ACGCUAUCAUCUUUGAUGAAAGGCUGCUUUGGUGUGUUUGUAUUGUAUACUACUCUGUGUACUGUAGAGUAUACUGACAGAAGUUUGUAGGAUUGUAGGUAGUUUAACUAAUAUUAAUAGGUCUACAAGAAAUUUUCUAAGUUACCUACAGAACCUAGUCUGCAGUUACUUACUUAUCAGUCAUAAAUGGCAGAUCCAUCAAGAUUUCGUUGCCUGUCGCCACAAUUUGAAAGCCGUCGAUUUAAUGAUGAAACUCUUUCAACAAAAACUUCAAUGGAACAGAAACAAGUUGAGGAAAUUGUUAUGAAAUGCUACAAGACUUUUAAGACAUCUUUAGAUAUUUAUCCAGAUGUGCCUUUCUUAGAGAGAGAGAAUCAUGUGGAGUUUCUUACCAAAGGUCUACAGCUUCUGUCAUCUUCUUAUGAGUGUUUAGAUUCAAGCCGCCCAUGGCUAUGUUAUUGGAUUUUACACAGUCUGGAAUUACUUGAUGUUCCUUUGCCUGAGGAUAGGGCUCUGGCGAUUGCCAAAUUUCUUGGAAAGUGUCAGCACCCAGAUGGUGGAUUUGGAGGGGGCCCCAUGCAGUUUCCUCAUCUGGCACCAACAUAUGCUGCUGUUAAUGCUCUGUGCAUUCUUGCCAACAUCACUGAGAAAGUGUUUGAUGUACUAAAUAGAGAUACUUUAUAUAAAUUUUUAAUGAAAAUGAAAACUGAGGAAGGUGCUUUUAAAAUGCAUGAAGGAGGAGAAGUAGAUAUCAGGGGAGUGUACUGUGCUCUCAGUGUUGCACGGCUGACCAAUUUAAUGACACAGGAACUAACAUCUGGUACUGCUGAAUUUAUUACUAGAUGUCAAACUUAUGAAGGGGGCUUUGCUGGCUAUCCUGGAUUAGAAGCACAUGGUGGUUACACAUUCUGUGGGGUGGCAGCACUUGUUCUUCUGGGACACACAGAAAGAUGUGAUCUAAGGUCCCUUUUGCGUUGGACAGCAAACAGGCAAACUCAAUUUGAAGGUGGCUUUCAGGGACGUACAAAUAAAUUAGUGGAUGGAUGUUAUUCUUUCUGGCAGGGAGCAACUUUCCCCAUCAUUCACAUGAUCAUGUGCACAGAUGAUGAUGAUCAGAAUCUUAGUGCUGAGAGAUGGAUGUUCCACCAAGAAGCUCUACAGGAGUAUAUUCUUAUCUGUUGUCAACAUCCUCAUGGAGGGCUCAUAGACAAGCCAGGAAAGGCAAGAGACCACUAUCACACGUGUUAUUGUUUGAGUGGCCUAUCAGUGGCCCAGCAUUUCAUUGGAGGAUCUUUGAAUAACGAUGUUGUCAUUGGCAAUCCACACAAUAAACUUCGACCUGUUCAGCCAGUUUACAACCUGAGUCUAGAUUCUGUUAUGAUGGCUCAAAAAUACUUUGGCAAUUUAAAAUCUUCAACUGCUAUGCAUGGCAAUUCAUAAUUUAAAAUGUACAUUUAUGAAAUAGGGAACAUGCUUGAAACAAAAAAGUCUGUGAAAGUUGAAAGAUUUUGCUGAUUAUGGUCCUGCACUUUUUUAAAAAAUGUCAAAUUUUGUACCUAUUUGGAUCCAGAUUUUUAUCUUUUUCUAAUCUAUCAUAUUGAAGACCAUUAUUGGUAAACUUAUUUUUUUUUAGAAUUGUAGGCAGUUAGUUAAUGCACUUUGUUGUCUUUAAGGACAAUUUAUAUUGCAAUUGUACUAGUAAAGAUGUCUCCUACUCCGGUUCUGAUAAGUUGUUUUAUCCCCUGCUCAUCAUAAUGUUAUCAUUCUCGGUCUGUACAAGAAAAUCACCAGCAGUAUUAAAUUUUAUCUGAUACAACUUUUCAGCAAAUUAGUUACCAUCUAUAUGUUGCACCAAUUUCAUAAAAUUAUUUCUAACUGAAUUUUUAUGGGCUUAUAUUUGUAACCAUUUAUAAAAUAUCCAGCUUUUAUUCAUUUGUUGUGUACAAUAAACAUCUUGAAAAAUC